GGACACAUCAAGACAUAUAUAUAUGACAUCAACACAGAAACGUCUGCCAAGUUCUCGCGAACGGACAUGCCGCCUCCUUGUGUGCAAUUUGACCGUUUCAGCAUCGAGCUGGAGAUGCAUCGCGCCCUUGAGAGCAUGGCGCUUUGCACCCACAGGCCGAUGACGUCACGGUCAAGCCACACACGAGGCGCUAGCACAACGAUAGGUUCACACACCAACCACACUCUCUUGGCAAUGAGACGACGGUCAUUCGCUGUCCGUCCUCCGCCUUUUCCCCAUCGAAGCCGCCUCUGGCGUAUUUGAACAGGGGCGACACGACUGAGGGCAAGGGAUCGAACAAACAGCAGAUCACCGUCAUUCACCAUAUGUUCUUUAGUUGGUUCAACACGCUCCCCGGCAGCAACGCCCUCACGACAAAUAAAUCCUGCUCCUCUUUGUCUGUCUCUUAUCUCUCUGCGCGGUCAUCUCAUCCUUGGCAUCUACUAGGCAUAUGCGGAUCAAUCACAUCACCCGUACAUAUCCUCCUGAAACCCCGGCCCUCGGCUCGGGCGAAGAUGGUCAUUGUCGGGAUCGAUGCCCCUGACACACACACACACACACACACACACACAGAGAGAGAGAGAGAGAGACGUUUGUAUGCACACGCCGCCACACGUGUCCCCCCUCUCACCUGCCGGGAAACGGCCCCAAGGGGUCGAAUCGGAUGUUGCCCCGGCCACGCCCAGCCCCCACUCCACCAGGCAUCCCGCCGCCGAACAUGGGGUCGCGGGGACCCACCAGAUUGCCGUCAGGACCGAAAUACCUGCACACACCACAGACACCUCAGUCCGUAUGCUUUGUGUGUUGGCUGCCACAUGCUCAGUGACUCACCCGGGUCCGCCCAUGCCGAGUGGUGGGUCUCCGAGGUCGCUGUCGGGCCGCCAUGGGGGAAACCGCUCGUCGCGCAGGGGGUCGCUCAUGGGGGGCGGCUGGGGAGGGGCCGCAGGAUGCGAUGCCGACGCAGCGGGCUUGGUCUCACCUGACGUGGCCAACGCACACACAGAAGCGUUGGCUGCAGGCGUGUGUGUGCUAGAGGGGGUGGGGUGUAGUUUACUUGUUGCUGCUGCAGCGGGGCUGAGACGGUCAACAAUGGCGCGGCGAAAGGCCGUCUCCUGCGAAUGGAUGGAUGGAUGGACGGAUGACACACACGUCCGUAUCAUGCGCUCGGUGAUGUGACGGGACCUGGUGUGUCGUUACUUACGAUUGCUUUGAGGUCCUUGAAGGCAUCAACGAGCGAACCGUCGGCAUCUAGAUGAGCUGUCAGAUCUUCACCCUUCUUGGCCAAAACCUCAGACGGUCUGAACCACAUCACAGCGAACAAACAGAACGGUCACGAUACCGAUACCGGAGAUGUCCUGUGUGUGUGCGUGCGUGUGUUACGUGAUCUCAUAGUUGAGCAGCGCCGAUUCCUUGCCGCCACUCAGUGAUUGCUCUGAACCACACACGCACACACGCACACACACACACACACACAGAGAGAGAGAGAGAGACGUUCAGCCACUCGUGUGUGGACGCCGUUGCUGCUCAUGUGGCAGGCACAUGUGACGUACCGACAGCAUGAACAGACAGCGUGUUGCCGAUGACGAUGGCCUUGACGACCGCCCGGCUGACGCCCUGCUUGGACGGCGGGGUGUAGUUGAAGGCGUACGCAUCGCUGUUGGCAUUCCACGACGGCAGCAGCACCACCCUCACCACACUCCCGUCACCCGCCUUGCUCAUGCCUAGUCACCAGAGAGACACCCAGGCAGACACACACACAGGAAGAUGAUCUAUCACCGUUUUGUCUCUCUCCUGUUUGUGUUUGUGUUUCUCUCUUUCUGCCCGGCUGUGUCUGCCGCUGAUGUGCUCAUUGACUGACUCCCGGUAUGGGAUACCUCCAGCCUCGUCGGUGCAUUCGAGCGUGUAUCCGCUGUCGAGCAGACAGCCGUGCAGCGCCAACACACAGCAGUCGGUGGCUGACCGGCACCCAGCCAGCUUGGACAAGGCCUCUAGCUGACGCAUUUCUCCUUUCCUUCUCUCCUACCAAUUGC